UUCUAUCAUCUGAAAUUGCUUUUUCCUUUAUGACGGACGUAUUAAUAUAUUAUUUAUAUGAACAUUUUCAUCAUAUAUUCAGUAUCCAUUCUUCAAUCUGAAUUUGAAGUAGAGGAAAUGUAAAAAAACAAAAUAAAGAAAAAUAGCUCAUCACUAUCACUAAAAUAUGGGGGGAGUGAAGGUUUAUUUGGCUGUGAUACUAUCUCAGGCAAUAUAUGCUGGCAUGGUUUUACUUACCAAAGCAAUCUUUAAUGGUGGUAUGAACUGCUACAUCUUCACUUUCUAUCGACAACUAGUUGGAACUGUCGUCUUAGUUCCUCUUGCUUUGAUUUUUAAACGAAGAAAUGCAACACCACUUUCCGUUCUAACCUUCUGCAAGAUUUUCAUGCUUGCCUUGUUGGGGGUGACAAUUCCCAUUAAUGCUUCUAAUGUUGCGAUUGCCUACACAACAGCAACAUUGGGUGCUGCAAUAUUGAACUGCCUUCCUGUUGCAACAUUCUGCUUGGCUCUUCUUUUACGGAUGGAGAAUGUAACACUAAAGACAACAGCAGGGAUAGUGAAGAUUGCAGGGCUAGUGGCUUGCGUGGGUGGUGUUGUGACUCUUACUUUUUACAAAGGCCCUCACUUGAAUCCAUUUCUCCACCAUCACCCCAUGGAGUAUCAUCAUCCGCAACAAGCACACCAACCUCAUAUCUCUUCUAACAAAAGAUGGUUGAUUGGUUGUUCGCUCUUUGUACUUGCAACCUUUGCGUGGUCUUUGUUCCUUGUUCUUCAGGCUCAAAUCUUGAAAAGCUAUCCAGAAGGGCUAAGGUUGACAAGCCUACUGUGCCUUACAAGUUCUGGUCAGUGUUUUGUAUUUGCUAUUGCUUUAGAGAGGAAUCCUAGUGAGUGGAAGCUUGGUUGGAACAUUGAAUUACUCACAAUAAUUUACUCUGGAAUUUUGAUAACUUCUCUUUCAUAUAACAUCCAAGCAUGGGUGGUUCAGAUUAAAGGACCAGUAUUCAUAGCCAUGUCACAACCAUUGACUCUAAUCAUUACAAUGAUUGGUUCAGUGCUUUUAUUAGGGGAGGCCAUUAACCUCGGCAGUGUUUUAGGUGGGAUUUUGUUGGUUGUAAGCCUUUAUGCUGUUCUGUGGGGAAAAAGUAAGGACCAAACUCUUCAAAACCAGAGCAAUUCUGAUAAUAAAGCUGAAGCAGAUAUUCUAGCGCUGGAAGAGGCUGAGGUGAAAAAGAAUCAUUAUGAGGACGAGAUACGAGUCUAAUCUAAUAUUUUUAGAAGAUAUAUAUAUAUAUCUAUUCUAUAUAACUGAAAUUUUUAGUUUUUGAGAAUUUUAUGGGUGACUUUUAAUUUUUAUUUAAUAAAAUAAUAAAAUAUUAUUUAUCUAUAAUAAAAUAAUAAUAAAUAUCCUAAAUUAAAUAUUUGAAUUUCAAUGAUAUUAA